UGUUUUAAUUUAUUUAUGUGUUUUUUAUAGUAUGCUUCUGCUUUGGGGACAACGAGAUCUGUUCUUUUGCAAAUGGCAACAAGCGCUGUGUAUGUAAAAAGGGAUAUGCGAGAGACAAAUAUUAUUAUGACAAAUGUAAAGAAUGCCUUUGCGACGGAGAAAACGAGGUUUGUUCUUUUCUGGAAGGCUACAAAAACUGUGAUUGCAAAGUGGGAUAUUUGAGAGAUGAAAAUGAUAGUAACAAAUGUAAAGCUUGCCCUUGCAUCGGAGAAAAUGAAUUCUGUUCUUUUGUAAAUGGCAGCACAAGCUGUGAAUGCAGAAAGGGAUACGUGAGAGACAACUAUUUUGAUAACAAAUGUAAAAAGUGUAAUUGUGGACCUGAUGGAAUUUGCUUUUUUGAUUCCAAUGGGGGAAAGCAGUGUAAAUGCUAUGAAAGAUACAAGGAAAUUUAUGGAAGGUGUGAAGAAUGCGACUGCGGUGCUGGUAAUUGUUCCUUCGGUUCAUACGGAGAACGACAUUGUUUGUGCUAUGAAGGGUUCAGAGAAUUUAAUGGAACAUGCCUAGAAUGCGACUGUGGUUUUCACGGAACAUGCUCCUUCAAUACUAAUGGAAUCAAGCACUGCAUGUGCAUUGAGGGAUUUUCAGAUUUUGAGGGAAACUGCAUAGAUUGCAGUUGUGGACCAAAUGGAAUAUGUCGUUUUGAUGUGUAUGGAAGAAAGGAGUGUAGAUGCGCCGAUGGAUUUAAAGAAAGUGCAGGGGAGUGCAAAGAAUGUAGUUGCGGACCUCAUUCAAUUUGUUACUUUGGUAAAGACGGCGAAAAACGAUGUACAUGCGAAGAUGGCUUCAUGAAGUUUAAAGGAGCAUGCAAAGAAUGUAAUUGUGGAUGGAAUUCAACCUGCUUCUUCGAUUAUUAUGGUAACAAAGAAUGCGUCUGCCCAGACGGUUUUGUUGUCUAUAAGGAAAAAUGUAGAGAAUGCAAUUGUGGACCGCAUUCGAAGUGCCAGUUUGUUCCAUUUAAAGGUAAAGAGUGCAUGUGCGACGAAGGCUUUGCAGAACUAAACGGAAUAUGCGAAGAAUGCAGCUGUGGACCAAAUUCAACAUGUCUCUUCGACUGGAAAGGUCGUAAACAAUGCAGCUGUGAAGACGGCUUCAUAGAAGCGAAAGGAAAGUGUGAAGACGCAUGUGAUAGUUAUCCAUGUAUGCACGGAACUUGUGUGAAAGUUUUGGGAAAAGGAGUUGCCUGCGAAUGCGAAAAUAACUAUAGAGGUAUAUUUUGCCAUAUUCUAGAUGAGAGGAAAGAUGGAACGAGAAAGGAAAUAAUACUUCUGGCUCUUUUUGGAGGCUUACUGUGUGCGAUCCUCAUUGUACUCUGUUUGCUCGCUUGCAUAUUGUGCAGAAGGAACAAGUUCCCUGAACGACACCCAGAAUUAUUAGCAGCUGAAAAUUUCGGGAAGCCGGGAGAAACAAAGGAACACAAAGAAGGAAUUUAAGAAAUGAACUGGAAUGGAAAUCCGCAAGUUUUUCAAUGAAAGCAUGAAAAAAACUGAAAUAUAUUUUCUCACCUGAUAGUUUAAUUCUAUUAGCUCAGGAUAUUUUGUCGCUUUUGUUGCUGAGCAAAAUCAUAAUAAAUUGCUGAAACGUAUUUUAAUUUUUCAUAAAAAAUUUUUAUUAAAUGAUGCGUAAUUUGAAAAAAAAAAUUAAUUUAAAUAACUUUGUAAAUUUCAUUACAUGUGAUAUAAUUAAUUAUGAAUUGAAUAUAUGACGAUAUAUCGUAGAAUCAAUUUUAGGCUCGCUAAAAAAAAUAUCGUCUUCAUAUUGGAGCUAUGAACUGAAAAGAUUAGUCAAAAUAAUGAUGAUCGGUGAUCUGUAAACUUUGUUUAUUCCUAAAAUUGUAUCUUUUUGGGAUAGUCAUCAAAACUAUAAUUCUGAUCUGGAGCAUUAAAAAACAGAUUUUUUUUUUUUUUUUUUUUUUUUUUUUUUUUUUUUUUUUUUUUGUGGAAAUUACACCAUUCUGGAGAAAUUUAUUUUUAAAAAGCACUGAGAAUAUAUCAACGCUGUAUUCACUUCCUGUAAAAACUAAGAUAAAAAUCAGAAUUUAAAUGAAAUUGUAUUAAAAAAUAGUUAAUAUGUAAUUUUUUAGGUAAAAAUGGCUAUAGAAACUAUUAUUUAUGUAGUUUUUUUAGAUGGUUAGUUUUGCAAUCAAAGUGGAAAUGAAGAAUAGUUUCAAACACAGAUUGCUGAUUAGUGGAACUACCAGAGAAGUUUUAUUCCACUCGAAGUUCUGAAGAAUAAAUUUUGAAGACAUUGCUGCAGAAAGUAAUUAAAUUAAUUUACAAUUUCAGAACAGCUUUACGAAAUGUUUUUGCAGACCAGCAGUAGUUUAUUAAAGAGAUUUAUCUGAGAAUAAUGAAGAUUCACAUAGGUUAUGGCAUUUUUUUUAUUGUAUAUGAAGUCCUCGAUGCUUUAGUUUCCAUAGAAGUUCAGAUUCUAAAGUCAUUAUUUGCGCUUUUAAGUAUAUUUUGUUUGUAAAAAUUUAUCAACGGUGACUGCUCUUAAGGAUUUCUCAAUUCAAUUUAAUUUUUUUUUCUACUUUUUGUUAAGAGUAGAGUUUCUUUGCUGAUUCAAGUUUGUCUCAAUUGCACCGAAAUUAAUUUAAGUCAGUUAAACGAGAUGGUAUCGAAUGUUGAUAAUUUUUCCUUGAAAUGUAUUUAACUCUUGCAAUUAUCGAUGUAACAAAACAAUUAUUUAAACAUUGUAAUUACCAUUGUAACAAAUAAACUAUUUGACUAUUUUAA